GGAACGUGAUCAAACGAAUGUCACUCCUACCGUAUGCCAUGGCCUUUACAAUUUAUUUUUAAAUCGUGGCCUAUGUUGCAUCGCUAACCCCACAAGGAAGCCACGGCCAUAAAAAAAGGAAUAAUAGUAGUAGUAGUAGUGCAGUUUAUAUUUUUUAAAUGCACUUGUAAUGCGAUAACGAAGAGUUUACAGCGGUUUACGGAGAUUCUGUUUGCCGCCAGUUUGCUUAGGUUAUAUUUUUUAGCAGGUUAUAUUUUUUAGUUUGACAUCGAGUUACGAUAUGUCAAAGUCGAUAUGGGCUUUACUGUGCAUUCUUCAAACUUGUUUCGUGGGAAAUACGAUUGGUUCGAUAGGUGAUAAAUCGCAGAUAUAUCAUCAAUGUUUAACGCUGUGUCGCAAUAAUAACUGCAAAGAUGAAUAAUAUUGUAGAUACAAGUUUUAAGCAACAGCCUUCCUUAUCGCUAAUUUUGCUGAAUUGGUCCUGCAAGGAAGAUUGCAGUUAUAUUUGUAUGUGGAGGACUGUUGAUUAUUUUGUAUCUCAGGGUUUGAAGAUACCACAAUUUCAUGGAAAAUGGCCAUUCAUUCGCCUGCUUGGAUGUCAAGAACCUGCUUCAGUUUUAUUUUCUAUAUUAAAUUUUUAUGCACAUUGGAUAAUGUAUCGGAAAUUUAGAAGAAAGAUAGAUCGAGCUAAUCCUAUGUUUUACACUUGGAUAUAUUUCAGUAUCAUAUGCCUAAAUGGAUGGUUUUGGUCAAUCAUAUUCCAUUCACGAGACAGGCCAUUUACAGAAGCUAUGGAUUAUUCAUGCGCAUUUAGUAUGGUACUUACACUUUUAUACUGCAUGCUCUUAAGGAUAAUGAAUAGAAAGAAUAAAGCAUUUAUUAUAAUAACUUGCGGAUAUGUAAGCAUUUUGUGCAUACACUUAUCGCAUUUGUGGUCAGGCAGAAUUAACUAUGGUUAUAAUAUGGUAUUUAAUGUAGCGAUAGGAUUGAUAACUGUCGCGAUAACGACAUUGUGGUGGUAUUUUAGCCGCGACAAGUUGCCUCACGUGUACUUACUUGCUUGGUUCAAUAUAUUGACCAUUUUUGUGACUACACUCGAAUUGGCAGAUUUUCCUCCUAUUUUUUGGAUAUUUGAUGCUCAUUCCUUGUGGCACGCUAGUACGGUUCCUUUAACGAUAUUAUUGUAUAGAUUUAUGAUUAUAGAUUGCUACUAUCUGAAAACAUAUCGCAAUAUGUCAUUUCUAGAUAUCGAUGAUGGUCAUAGGCAAUGAAAUUUUUUCGUAAUGCUAGUACAUAGCGCUAAUUUACAUACUUCUUGGAUGAAUAUUCGAGAUAAGGUAAAGAAAUAUAACUACAAGUUUUAAUACAGAAUACGUCAGAAGUUCCGAAUCAAAAUGUUAUAGUAAAAAUAAUUUUAAAUAAAUAAGUAUAAGUCUUAAGCGAAAACUGUUUCUUGGAAUAAAAAAUAAAUAGUAGACUUACAUUACUUGAUUCGAAUUGAAAACUAUAAUAAAUAUAUCUCUUCGAUAAA